CGGCGUUCUUUGAGGCUGCGGGCUUGGGACUGCUGCAUCUUUAUCUCCACAGAGGCGGGGGUGGCGGGAAAGACCCGUCCCCUUCGAGGGGAAGUGGAUGACGCUUGGAUGUCAGCGGCGCCAGUCGGUGCCUAGGCGUCCAGCCUUCGUUCCCACCGGGAAGGUGAGGAACCCAAGGACCACGGGCAGAGGAUGUCGAUGGAUGUUAUAAAGGGAAACCUAGAUGGAAUUUCAAAACCAGCCUCUAGUUCAAGGUCACGUCCUGGGAGCAGAAGUUCAAAUGCUUCUCUGGAGGUGCUCUCGCCAGAACCAGGGGCCUUCAAGAUUGAUAUGGUAAACAAGUUGAAUUCUAGUAAGGAGGACCACUCGUCAAGCAGUAGCAUGGAAGACAGAAGAAAUAGUCGUGAUGACAAGUGGGCAGGCUACUCUGAGAACACAAGCCCAGCCCAGGAGGGCUCUGCGGAAGACCCGGACUUGACUCAGCAGAUGGUCCCUGAGCAUUCAGGUGUUCUUGGGGGGCCAGAUGCUCAGCUUCAAAAUGCUAUUCGUAAGAUGCACAGACUGGAUAAGAUUCUGGCCAAAAGACAAUGCAGAGAAAAGGAAGUUAAAAAGCAAGGUGCAGAAAUGAGAAUGAAGCUGUGGGAGGAACUCAGGUCUGCAAAAAAUACUGAAGACUUGGAAAAUGACGAAGAGUCGGAAAACACAAAAAGGUUUUUGUGUCUGACUUCGAAAUCUGCAGGAACAGCUGGAGAGCCUUUACACUGUGAGCCUGAAGACACCUUCUUCUCGGUGUUUCAUACUCAGAUUCCUCCAGAAAAUUACGAAAAUUGUGUCGUGCAGACUAUCAAGAAGGAUUUUACCUGUGAUGUGGAAAAAAAUGAGCCACUGAUCAAAACAGAAAAGAAAGCCCUUUCAAAUACAGAAAAGAUUGAGCUUAGGAGUAAACCCAGCCAGGAUUUUAUUAAGCGGAACAUUGAGUUGGCCAAGAGUUCAAGAAGCCCAGUGGUUAUGAUUGACAGAGAGAGAAAAAGGCUGGAUGAACUCCUGAAAGGCCUGGACGAUACAGAUUCAGGACUGUCCAGUUCUGAGAGUGAUCAGUGUGGUUGGCUGGUCCCAGGAGAAGGCUAUACCCUGGCGGCCACUGACUCUCAGCAGCUUGCUCAGAUUGACACAAAACUCCAGGAAUUCUCUGUGGUCUCGCCAUCCGUCUUCAGCCUUUAUCCAGGACUUGAGAGUCAGAGCAAUAAGGAACCUGACCCCGAUGAAGAAAGAAAUACGGAGCCAACUCCAGGAGAAAAGAUACUUCAGGAGAGCAAAGAGCAAAGGGACCAGCAGUCUCGGCUGAGAGCCAUUGAUGGGAAGCUGAGAGAGAUCAAUGAACAGUUAAACUUCACACUACGUCUCUCUGCGGAACAGCUCAAGUGUCUCCUAGAUGAGUGUGUAUCCCAACAGAAAUGCAACCCUCUUGGCCUUUCUUCUGAAAGAGAAGACAAAGAUAUUGAUACAGCACGUGGGCCCCCACAGCUUUGCCCAUCCACCCCCUGUGAGUUACUAGAUGAGUCCGAAGCCAAGGUCCAGAAAACCCGGCUAGAUGAUGCAAAGAGGCCCGAGAAGGAGGGAUGUGGUUCUGCUGUAGGCUCCUAUCUCAUCAAAGCCUUGGCUGGGCACUACAAACCGGAAGCUCUCAUCAUUGAAGUGGAGACCAUGAAAUGCCUCCAUUUCUCCAAGGAGGGGGCUUUCGACGAUGCAGCAGACUAUUUUAUGUCAAAGACCAUUGGCAUUGGGAGACUAAAAAAGCCCCCUUUCUUGGAUGAUCCCCUGGAUGACAUCAAUGUGGACUCCUCCUCAGAUGACCACCCGCCGAAACUCUGCCAUCCAGAGAAACCAGUAGUAGCAGAUGAACAGGAGGCUGGAGUUGCUGUGGAUGAACCAGAAGAACAUGAAGCAUGACUUUCUGGGGUUUAAGCUUAAGAAAGUUGGAAAUCAAGUUGCAUUAUAUAUAUUUUUCUUGAAUUCUUUGUAUUCAAUGAAUGCAUCAUAGAGACUAUUCUUCAAAUGAUUUCAACAUUUGAAUUCCCUUCUUUGCUGAUUACAUUCAUUCCUUUGGUAAUUUUGAAACUUGGAGUAUAAAUGCUUGUUGGUUUUUAUUCAUUGAAAUUCAUGGGAAAAUUGUUUACAAAUGUAUUGUUAAUGUUACAAUCUCAAGGAUACUUUAUAAAAACCAACACUGUAACAUACACAAGGUCUGUGUUAAGUGUGGCACACAGGAAUUUGUUGCUCUAUAUUUGAUUUUUUGGGGGCAGUGCCGGGGAUUGAACUUAGGGCCUUGUGCAUGGAGGCAAACACUGUCACUAAGUUGACCCUCCAGCCCACUGCGUUGGGCUUACAUGUUUCAACUCUAUCUGAUUCAGGUGAAUGUGGCCACCGUGGCUGUUUGUUCUGCCUCUGAUUUCCCUUCUCUGUGCCUGUCUACUGUUUGUCCAUAAGUACAGCUCGCCUCGGGGAGAAACGAGUUCCCAUAAUAAAGAAAGGAGAGCAGUCUGCUCCCUUGUUAGUGAAGCUC